CAAAAAUAAAAAACAAAAGAAAAUAUUUAUCAGAUCUUCUGACAUGGCGCGUUGACCAUUAGUCAACGCGUUUGACCGUCCAAGUUAACGGUCAAACAUCGAGUUUGGCCAAAUUGUUUAUUUUGGUGUAUAGUUCGGACCAGGAUGUUAUAGAUCGAAAAGAUUGGCCAGAAUGUUUAUUUUGGUCAAAGUUCAGGCCAUACGAAAAUAUUAACCCUUGAUUAAAUAUAGAGUCCCAACCUCCAAAUGACCUAAACUCAACUUGAGUUUCAAAAAGACGAUUUGAAUUCGCCUCAUAUGUUAAAAUCAACUAAUUAUGAAAACAAGAUAGUUUUUGGGGUGUAAAUAUGGCAUAACCAAACUCAAACAGUAAAUACUAAAUACGGUCCGCAUAUGGACCAAAGCUUAGAAAACACUGCAAAGGCUGCUGGAAUGAUCUCAAUCUUAGCUAAUGGUUUGACCCACCGACCUGUCGCGCCAUCAAAACUAUUCAUCGUCCGCGGCAUAACGUUGAGGAUAGAUUAAUCUGGCAUGAUACUCUGGAUGGGGUCUUCUCGGUCAAAUCUGCCUACCAUUUAGCUGUCUCAAUUGAUAAAAGGAGGGGGGGGGGGGGUUGGAGGUCUACGGUUAGCUGGAUGGACAAGUCUAGCUGGAUUCGUUUAUGGGAAGCUAAUAUUUUCCCCAAGCUGAAAGUCUUUGUCUGGCAGAUUCUCAAUCGAAUCCUGCCCACUACUGAGGCCCUUAUUGAUAAACGGGUCCAUGUGCUUCCCAGAUGCCCAGUUUGCUGGGGGAGUUCUGAAACGAUGGAGCAUCGUUUUCUCGAUUGCCUGGUAGCACGGGCCCUUUGGGACUAUUCUGGCUUAGCGUAUCUGGGGGAGGGGCUACCUCAUCAUACUUUCCCUUUGUUCCUUAAACGGCUAAUGGCUUUGGUUCACCAACCUACGUUAUUUAUGGUAGUGGUCGCUGUCCUUUGGAAGAUCUGGCGGUCUCGCAACUGGGUUGUCUUUGAAGGCAAACAGUUUGGGUUUCCUGCCUUGAUGUGCAGUUUCAUCAGCAAUAUGAGGAGUGGGUCCGUCUUCCAGUGGAUAGAGUUCCUCCGACUGCACUCCCUGAGAUACACCAUUUGGGUCCGGGGGGGUUGACAGGGUUGUUUGCAUGUGGGAUGGGGCGACUAGGAGUGGAUCGCACUCUGCAGGUGGAUUGGUUCUUAUGACCCCGGCUCGGGAUAUUCUGAUGGCUAAAGGAGUUCAAUUUCCUUGGUUUGAUGAUCCCCUGGUGGUGGAAUUGAUUGCCCUAUGCGAAGCUGUAUUGUGGUGUCUAGCGCUCGGCUUCACGGCCAUUAGUUUUGAAGGGGACGCCAAAGUAAUCAUCGACAAAAUCAACCAGGCUGACACCAGAGAUAACCGAUUAGGGGCUAUUCUGGAAGAACUCGUGCAGUAUUUUGCCAGCAACCCAGGGUUUAGUGUUCGAUUUGUAGGUCGGCGUGGUAAUAGGGUAGCCCAUUCGGUGGCUAGAAAAGUCCUCUCUUUGUACCCGACUAUGAGUCGCUUCUUUGAUUUCCGGACCUAGCUGAAUUCCAGGAUGUAACUAUCUUUUCAUUAGAUCAAUAUAUGAUUAUCUUUUGUAAAAAAAAAAAAUCCUAACAAAGUGUCGCAAGGCUUUACCUAUAAAAUAUGCUCUUAGGUCUUUCAAAGAAAGAGUCUCUCCUUCUCCUCUACUCAUUUUAACAUAUGACUUAUCUCUCUACAUUAUCUCUCUAUAUUUCCUUAUUGUAUCACUAAUGUUGAUUAUUAGAGUGUAGAUAUGCGGUCACCCGCCCCACCUUUCCCACAUAUUUGUGCCUCCCUUGUUUCUCGCCUGAAAAACACAAUGAAAAUACAUUUCUCUCCUUUGUGAUCACACAUUGCCAAAAUCAAAGCACAAGUGAGGAUCAUCGACAUCCUUUAAUCGUCAUUAUCUUCAACAAAAUUUGUUGAUAAUUCAAUUAUCUAGUUUACCUUUCUCUAAAUUGGUGUUCUUCCUAAGGACAUAUUGAGCUCAAAUUAGUUACAUAGGAGGAGGAGCACCCAUUCAAUUGCAUGGAUUGACAAACAAUGAAAAUGCUAGAAGAUUGGAUUGCCAAUAGGACUAUAUGAGUGGGGAGAAUAUGAGAACCCAAAAAACUGAUUGACUUAACGAGAAAAUCAACUAACUUAUUCCAAGUUCGUUCCAUUUUGAGCUUCAAAUUGAAAAGGAAGAGUAAUAUUUUUGUGAUAUUUAUCUGUGACUCCCGAAUCCUACAUCUAAUGGAUUAUGAGUGUUUAGUGAAUCAUCUUUAAUGCACGAUUCUCCUGUUUAUUGUUGUAUAAUUCCAUGUGACGUCUAUAAUUUAUUAACUGAUUUAGGCAUCUGGUUUGACCCCUAUCUCGAAUUGAUGGGUAAACAAACAACCCUAGACGAAUCUGGAGAAAGAGAAGUAAGAUGAUUUGAAAUUUCAAAAAUACAUAAAUUUACAUGAAAAAUGUGUAACAAAUUCUAAGAAUAUACUGGUUGGUAAGCCACUGACUCCGCCACUUAGGGUGGGGGAGUAUGUGCUAUGUACUGUUGUUGGUGCAUCAACCAUGAAAAUAGAUGUGUCUUCUAUAGAAAUAUCUAUUCUCAAAAACUGUAAAUUGUGUUAGAGGCUUGCUCAUUACAUAAUUUCUUUGCCAAUGAGGUGCUUUUUGAGUUUUAAUAAGAACACCACACAAGAAACCCCAACAUUGAAUAAUACAAUGAAUAUACCUAAUGAAAUUGUCUUGGCGUCUUUUUUUUUCCAAGAUUAAGAUUUUUAAAAUGGAGCCCGAGUCCCUGACACCUAUUCGAAUGGCAUCAAUUAAUCCAUUGUGCACCACAGAUCAUAAGUUGCGUGAAGUUUUUCUUAUCAGCAAGUAGAAGGUUUGGAAAUGAUGAUACCAUCCUCUAGAUUAGGAGACGAUAUGUUAUCAUCCACCAUUUUCAUCUCAACCGUCGUGCAAGAAAUAAGAACGAUGUGC